UUCUCCUUCUCUGUCUCUACUCCAACAAUCUUAUUAUUAUUAAUAUUAUUACUAUUAUUAAUUUAUUAUAUUUACUCCGAUCCGUAUAUACACACGGACUAGCACUCUUUUAUACUGCUUAGCUUCUGUAUACUUAUACAUACACAGUAAAGAAGAAACAAUGGAGGCAGAGAAAAGAUCAUCCAGCAGGUUCAUGAGAAUUUGUGUCUUUUGUGGGAGCAGUUCUGGGAAGAAAACUACCUAUCAAGAGGCUGCAAUUGAGUUAGGCAAAGAACUGGUGGAGAAAAGGAUUGAUUUGGUGUAUGGAGGUGGGAACGUGGGUCUGAUGGGUCUCGUUUCUCAGGCAGUUCAUGAUGGGGGGCGCCAUGUUAUAGGAGUGAUUCCAAGGUGCCUCAUAUCCAGAGAGAUAACUGGGGAAACAAUUGGAGAAGUAAGAGCUGUAUCAGAUAUGCAUCAGAGGAAAGCUGAGAUGGCCCGGCAAGCUGAUGCCUUCAUUGCCCUCCCUGGUGGCUAUGGCACCCUUGAAGAACUACUUGAAGUCAUCACAUGGGCUCAGCUCGGAAUCCACCAAAAACCCGUGGGGCUGCUGAAUGUGGAUGGUUACUACAAUUCAUUGUUGUCGUUUAUCGACAAGGCCGUUGAUGAAGGCUUUAUCUCCCCAACAGCACGUGGCAUUAUCGUGUCGGCUCCAACUGCCAAACAGUUGGUCACACAACUUGAGGAAUAUGUUCCGCAGUACGAUGAAAUAGUGUCCAAGUUGAUCUGGGAAGAGGUUGGAAUUGAAGACUAAAUUAGGGGCCUGAAUAUGUUGUCCUUUCAGUGACAGAAGAACAAAUCCUAGAAGAAGAAGAAGAAGAAAA